AUGGAAGAGGUCAUUGCAGGGCUGCAGAGCUUCACCUUCACCUUGGAGAAGGAUGUAGAGAUGCAAAAGGGCAUUGGGCUCCUGCCUUUCCAGGGCAUGGACAAGUCGGGCUCAGCUGUGUGCAACUUCUUCGCUAAAGGGCUCUGUGAGAAAGGGAAGCUGUGCCCGUUCCGGCAUGACCGAGGGGUGAAGAUGGUAGUGUGUAAGCACUGGCUUCGUGGGCUGUGCAAGAAGGGCGACCAGUGCAAGUUUCUGCACCAGUACGAUGUCACCAGGAUGCCCGAGUGUUACUUCUUCUCCAAGUUCGGUAAGUGCAGCAACAAGGGAUGUCACUUUCUUCACACGAACACUGCUUUCAAGACCCAGGACUGUCCUUGGUAUGACCAAGGUUUCUGCAAAGACGGUCCCCUGUGUAAAUACCGCCAUGUCCAUAAGACAAUGUGUACUAACUACUUAGCUGGCUUCUGCCCGGAGGGACCCAAGUGCCAAUAUGCACAGUAA